UCCAGAGGUCGAAGGGAAACUGUCAUGUCUGCUGAAUUGUCAGCUAAGUCGUGAUAAGAACUCAAACUGAUUUCUUAUUUACUGCUUUAAAUAACCAUUAAUUUUAACGUGAUUUAUACUUAAGUACAACCCUGUGCUGUCAUACCCGCGCUAAUUUAAUGAGCAGCGCGUGCAAGAGAUCUGAGGAUACUGUCUUGGAUUGUUGUGGAGGACUCAACAACGUGGAUUACUCCAAGGUGGACAUGUCCGUCCUGUCCGAUGUCUUCCAGCUGGUGGACCUGCUGGAACCCAGGUUUUGCGUCGCUGUGAUCGCCAUAAUCUUCAACCCUUUCUUCUGGAAUGUGGUGGCUCGAUGGGAGCACAGGACUCGAGGGCUCACUCGAAUGUUUGGGAGUCCCCAUGUGGCCUGCUACAGCCUAGCUAUCGCUAUUCUGCUUCUCAACGUCUACCGCAGUCACAGCAUCACCGUGGCGAUAAAAGGCCAGCCCAGGUGUGCGUUGAUGGACAGGUGGGAGCUGUUCCAGGUGGGCGCGGCCGUCAUGGCGGCCGGCUCUCUGCUCGUCCUCAGCAGCUUUGUGGCGCUGGGAUUCACAGGAACAUUCCUGGGUGAUUACUUUGGAAUCCUAAUGGAGAAGAAGGUCACUGGUUUCCCGUUUAACGUGAUGGAGAACCCCAUGUACUGGGGCAGCUCACUCAACUACCUGGGUCUGGCCCUCAUGAAUGCCAGUCCGGUUGGUGUUGUGCUGACUGUAGUGGUUGCUGUGACUUACAAGGUUGCCAUCGCCUAUGAGGGACCUUUUACGGAGGAAAUCUAUCGGCAGAGAGCACUGUGCUGCAAACACAAAUGAAGCGUGAGGACGGACCCCGGCUCUGGGACUGACCUGCCGCCCAUCUGGCCCAGACCCAACCAGACCCGCCAGAACAGAGCCGCAUGGGGGCCGCAUCUGGCCCAGACCCAACCAGACUCGCCAGAACAGAGCCGCAUAGGGGCCGCAUCUGCCCAAUAAGUAGCUGCUGUCAGGGACCUGUGUGUGUGUGUGUUUGUGUGUGUGUGUGUGUGUGUCUGAGAGAGAGAGAGAGAGAGAGAGAGAGAGAGUGUGCGUAAGUUCAUCCAGCCGUCCAACAUCUUACAUCCGGAGUUCCCUUCCCGCACCUUCUGUUCCGGAACCCCGCAUGGAACACCAAGAAGGCUAUCCCCGGUUUAACCUUUACAGAAGCACUUACAGACCAAUGGAUCUACAGAAGAGCAUUCUCCUGCAGAGGCACCCCACAGUUCAAAUGUACUCAAUCAUCAACGGUCAACCAGGCAGUUCUUAAGGGUGCAUGAGUCAAUGAGUCAGUGUAUGACUAUGAGUGUGUGUGUGUGUGUGUGUGUGUGUGUGUGUGUGCCUGUGUGUGUGUGUGUGUGUCUCUUUCUGUGUUAACUAUUUCCUGUAGCAUAUGAAUAGUCUUCCUUAAGCAUCUCUGAAAACUCUGGAUGCCUUUCCUGGUACGGCUGCACUGCACACAAGCAUGGCAAAGACUUCACCAAACACGGACUACCUUAAGCUUUCUUUAGUCUUUAGUCACUUAGUUAUACAUUCAGACCCUCACUUAAUCCAGUUCAACAUUCUGAUGACACUUGUUACUUGGAUGGUCCACACACAGAUUAUCUAUAGAUGCUCAGACCUGUCUGAACUGUCUGUCUGUUAAGACCGUGGACUAAAGUGUAUGGUUACGGUUAAGGUUAGCGGUUGCGUUUAGUUAAGCUGAUGUUCAAUAUUUUGUUCAAUAAGCGUUUUUAGACGCUCAACUUGAGUCUUAACAGCUGAUCUGUUCUGUCUCUGUGGGCGGAGCAACCAAGCGAAGGGUUAACAUCUCGGAACGCCUCUCGGACCAUCUGGAGGAUAUCGUUCCUGUCUGUGGAAAAUUCCUGUCCAAAAGAAUAUGAAAAAGAUCAUUAUGCUGUACUGACAAGAUGUGCUGUUCUUUGCUCAAUCCGUAAAAGACUACUGAGUGGGUGUCCUCUUUUGAAUGAACAUAAUUUCAUAUUUGUACAUCUUUUAAAUAAUACUAUAAAAAAAGAGUAUACGUACUAGCCUACUGACUGAUGCCCACAGCAUGUGUUGACAUAUGCAUUCUAUAUAUAUACUGCAUAGGGAUGUGCAUUGAAAUGUCUUGACUGUAGUAAGAUAAGCAUCGACUAUACCAUUACUGUAUUGCAGUUGUUUACACAGUAUUACACUGUAUACCAGCAAGUUUGCAUGUGUUGUUACAACUUCACUGUAUUUUAGCGAAUGAUCACUGUUCAUAGGAAUAAUGAAAUCACACACAUAACGUUGUGUCUUUUCCAAGCUGCUAGCCCAGCUAGCGAUUUAGCCUGUUUACAGUCCAGAUUAGGCCCAGUUCUGUGCCUGAUUUAGCUGCCAUGGGUUGCUUUAGCUCACCCUAUGAAAAUGAGUGGUUGACUUAGCUUUAGCACAUCGUAUGAAAAUGAGUGGUUGACUUAGCUUUAGCUCACUGUAUGAAAAUGAGUGGUUGACUUAGCUUUUAGCUCAUCGUCUGAGAAAGAGUGGUUUAGCCAACAGGAUGAAGAUCAGUGGUUGGCUCACAUCAUCAAAAUGGGGUCAUCCCUAUGUUCCCCGGGUCCUAUGUUCCCCGGUUUUCCCCCCAAAAUGUCCAAUGUUCCUCAAUCGCAAUACAUACGGAGGAACAUACAGUAGGAUCAUUUUGGGGAAAGCAGGGAACAGGACCCUUAACAUUUAAAAAAAAAAUGGUCCUAUGUUCCCCGGUCCCAUACAAUGUGGGGAACACUGGACCUGGGGAACAUACUGUAGAUACGCUCCCCAUGAAAAUGGCUGGUUUAAGAUGUACGCUUACCGUGUGAAAAGCAAUGGCUGACUUAGCUUAGAGUUUGAAUGGAUGUCAGUGUGGUUGAUGGGCUGCACUGUGAGAGGAAUGUCGAUGUUGGUUCUCAGAAUAGUGAGUGUAAGAUGAGUGGAUGUGUUGACUAACUGGCCUACAGUAACUGUAGCUUUGAGUAUGAUAUGAAUGCGAAUCAUUGCUGUGCUGUAGCAGCAUGUCUGGCAAAAAGCAUGUCGGACUGGCGGCAUGUAAAUCCUGUAGCUUCAGGUUUGAGUUUGAAUGUGGUUGAGAUGUUGAUGAGUCAUCAUAUCUCCACAGCAGAUGAUAAGAGUCUUCAUAGAUGCUUAGUCAACAGGAUGAGUGUUUGGUUUGUGAAUUCAGAGACAGAGAGAAUAAGUAGCAUCAACCCUGUGUAUGAUUUUGGGCUUUUGAGCUUCUGACAACUAAAAAAUCUCCAAGUGAUUAUCUGUGGAAUGGUUGAGAUUCUGCACUUCAGCCGAGCCCUGAGUGCUGACGGACUCAUGCUCCACCAUAUGUGGUCACUCACGACUAGUAGUGUGCUUUAGAUCAGCAUGUCCUACGCAGUAGGCUUCGGUGACGACCCCUAGUCUAAUCAGUCCAUAGGCUUCGGUGACGACCCUAGUCUAAUCAAUCCAUAUAGUGACGACCCCUAGUCUAAUCAGUCCAUAGGCUUCGGUGACGAGUGACGACCCUACUAGUCUAAUCAGUCCAUAGGCUUCGGUGAUGACCCUACUAGUCUAAUCAGUCCAUAGGCUUCGGUGACAACCCUACUAGUCUAAUCAGUCCAUAGGCUUCGGUGACGACCCUAGUCUAAUCUGUCCAUAGGCUUCAGUGACGACUCUAGUCUAAUCAGUUCACAGGCUUCGGUGACGACCCUAAACCCUAGUCUAAUCAGUCCAUAGGCUUCAGUGAUGACC